GGCAGAUUCUUUUUCGCCACUUCUAAAUCCCAGAUGGAAACCACGGAGCAUCCAAUCAAAUCCUGAGCCCUUUAUAUGCAAACCCAACCGCCUUUUCCAAACGCUACAUUUAUCCGUUGUUUCAAAGCACUUCCCAAAAAUCUUACAUGGUAUCAAAAAAGAAGAACCCAGCUGAGGGAUUUUACCUGGAUCCGACUGGAAUGGCGUUGCCUGGCCUGGGACCCUUCACCACGACGUCCACAGUGGCGUCCACAGUUUCAUCUUCCGAGGAUCCGGAUAAGAAAAUCCGAAAGCCCUACACCAUAACCAAGUCCAGAGAAAGCUGGACUGAACCCGAACACGACAAGUUCCUCGAAGCUCUCCAGCUCUUUGAUCGUGACUGGAAAAAGAUUGAAGCAUUUGUCGGGUCGAAGACUGUUAUUCAGAUCCGUAGCCAUGCCCAGAAAUACUUUCUAAAGGUUCAGAAGAAUGGAACAAGUGAACACCUACCUCCACCUCGACCUAAAAGGAAAGCAGCUCAUCCAUAUCCUCAGAAAGCCUCAAAAAGUGCUCAUGGCCACCCACAAGUAUCGGGGCCUUUUCAGUCAUCAGCUGAUUUACUUGACAAUGGAUAUGUUCUUAGAUCUGAUCCCUCAUCAAUGCGUAUGAACUCUAUUACUAGUGCUGCUGCAUCUUCCUGGACAAACAAUGCACAAACCAUCAGUUUCUCACAAGCUAAAAAGGGUCCUGGGAUGGCCAAUAACUCUUGCAGUAGCAUUGAGAGUGCCCCAAAGACAAAACAAGUUGGGGAGAUAACUGAUCAGGGAAAUCAAGGUCAUGCACUGAGAGUGUUGCCUGACUUUGCUCAAGUAUACAGUUUCAUUGGCAGUGUCUUUGAUCCAAACACUACUGGUCAUGUGCAGAAACUUAAGAAGAUGGAUCCUAUAGAUGUUGAAACAGUGCUGCUGUUGAUGAAAAACCUCUCUAUCAAUUUGACAAGUCCUGAUUUUGAGGAUCAUAGAAGGUUGCUUUCUUCCUACGAGAUUGACAAAGAGACAAGUAACCACGGUGGUGCGUGUAAAGCGGUUUAUAAUAACCAAUCUAAAAGUAUCACUUAAUAUGGUGGGUGAUGAGAUUUACUCUAAUUUCAGCCGAGCAUAAUCUCUUUUGUUUCUUAUAUAAUUAAUAUGGACUCUGUUUUCGUGGUGGGAAAAGGGGCUAGAAUCAAAUGAGAUUUGUACCACGAUGCUCUGUUAGCAUAUAUACCAGUGGUAGGACCAUCGGCAGCAAAAUUUCCAAAUAAUUUUCCCCAUUCUUCUGACAUGUAGAUAUAUUGUAAGAGAAGUUAAAAGGAGAACUGUGAGCAGAACGAAAGGAGAAGAAUUGCGCAGAGUGUACAGUGUUUAUCUUUCUUUUGAAGGGGUAUCUUGUACAGUGCUGGAUCUUGUUUUAUGUAUUCAAGUUUUGACUGCAUAUUUUUAUUGUGAUAUGCUAAUUUCUCAUAUAGGCACAGUAUUUUCUAUGCUGCUGCAGGGAAUAUAAAAAUAUCAGUUUUUUUCAUUGUGUUGCAAUAUAUGGAGGUGGAUGGCAUAUUUGGUAGCAGAAUAUUAAGCUGGUCUUUACUUUUUAUGGUGAGUUUAUAUAUGUAUGUUACCAUUACUGAUAAGGAGGGUGCAAGCUUUUGUAGACUGUCAUUCCCUUUCUGCCCGACCGUGUUGCAGGUUCAAUGGGGCUCUUGGGCUUGACAGUGGAGGGAGACUCGGAGCGUCUAAGUUCUUUUCAAUAAUGGCGUCUUUUUCUGACAUACAUGCGAGUCAGAGAGAAUGUAUGUGUCCAUGUGAUGUCUCAUGUGUUAGGUGUAAAGAAAAAAAAGAUGAAUGUAAAGAGCGAAGAAAAAGGUGAGGGGAAAAUUAUUUGAUGUUGUUUGGUACAGAGAAAGAAAAGGAAAAUACUUCGACUUCU